GCGGGGCGAGAGACUGAGAAACCCAGGGUAGCAGGACAAGGGGAAGGGGAGGGUUGCCCGGGAACCUGGGGCCCUUGGAUGGAGAGGGGAGUGAAGCCGGUUAGGUUUGGAACAAACAGGGAAGGGAGAGGACGGCAGUGAGGAGGGGCGCCUUGGACGAGAGGUGAGGCUGAGGCGCAGGAGAGUGUGUUUGGGGGAAGGGAAACCAGAGCAGGUAUGGAGGCCGCAGCCCCGAAGGUAGCUAUGGGGCUAGACUGAAGACCCCCGGGUGGGAUUGAGGGGCGGGGACUGGAAGAGGGGAGCCGGGAGCCUCCCAGAUCCUGGAGGAGGAAGAAGGUGAUUUGGGCCAUCAGUGAGGGAGGUGGAGACCAUCGCUGAGGAGCCAGGGCUCAGGAAGAGGGGUGGACCAAGACCGGGGCCCAGGCACAGAAGAGGAAGGGGGAAAGGCAGAGGAAGGAGAUAUCUGGAUGGUGAUAUUGUAGAUGCCCAACUCAGAGUGCCCCCACCCUUUCUCCAGAAUCCCCACCCUGCCCUGAUGACACCCCCCCCCCAGCCUCAGGGCCCAAAAAGGGGUGGGGAGUCUAACUGUCUCCCGCUUCCCCAGUGGGGUGCAAUGUACGCAAGUAGGCCUGGGCAUAACUCCUUGUCUGUAGUGGAUCCGGGACCCAGGGAGGGCCGUCCCCCGGGCCUGGUGGCACUGAGCAGGGCCCCCCAGCCCCCACCUCCUGCCCCACGACAUGAACCUCCUCUACCGAAAAACCAAGCUGGAGUGGAGGCAACACAAGGAGGAGGAGGCCAAGAGGAGCUCCAGUAAGGAGGUGGCUCCCACAGGCCCAGCGGGGCCCGGGGCUGGCCCAGGGCCUGGGGUCCGAGUGCGGGACAUCGCCUCGCUGCGCCGCUCCCUCAGGAUGGGCUUCAUGACAAUGCCUGCCUCUCAGGAGCACACCCCCCACCCCUGCCGCAGCGCCAUGGCCCCACGCUCCCUUUCCUGCCACUCAGUGGGCAGCAUGGACAGUGUGGGGGUUGGGCCUGGGGGAGGCGGUGGGGGUCUCACUGAGGACAGCAGUACCCGAAGACCUCCAGCCAAGCCUCGGAGACACCCCAGCACCAAGCUCAGCAUGGCAGGGUCAGGGGCAGAGAUGCCCCCUAGCAAGAAAGCAGGCUCACAGAAGCCAGCCCCAGAGGGCCGAGAGUCCAGCCGGAAGGUUCCUCCACAGAAGCCGAGGAGAAGCCCCAACACCCAGCUCUCUGUCUCCUUCGAUGAGUCCUGUCCCCCAGCCCCCUCUCCUCGAGGGGGGAACCUGCCCCUUCAGCGCCUCAGUAGGGGAUCCUGCAUCACUGGGGACCCUGAGGUGGGUGCCCAGGAAGAAGAGCCAGUGUACAUUGAGAUGGUGGGGGAUGUCUUCAGGGGAGGAGGGCGAAGUGGAGGGGGCCUGACUGGACCCCCUCUCGGGGGUGGGGGCCCAACCCCUCCAGCUGGCGCUGACUCAGACUCGGAAGAGAGUGAGGCCAUAUAUGAGGAGAUGAAGUACCCCCUGCCUGAGGAGGCAGGGGAAGGCCGGGCCAACGGGGCCUCUCCACUGACCACCACCUCCUCACCACACCAGCCUCAUGCUCUCCAGCCUCACAUCCACCGCCGUCCAUCCUCAGCCCUCCCAAGCAGGAGGGAUGGGACACCCAACAAGACCACUCCUUGUGAAAUCCCCCCGCCCUUCCCCAACCUCCUCCAGCACCGUCCUCCGCUCCUGGCCUUUCCCCAAGCCAAGUCUGCUUCCCGAACCCCUGGCGAUGGGGUCUCAAGGCUACCAGUCCUCUGCCACUCCAAGGAGCCAGCGGGCUCCACCCCAGCUCCCCAAGUGCCUGCCCGGGAGCGGGAGACGCCUCCCCUACCGCCACCGCCUCCUGCUGCCAACCUGCUGCUGCUGGGACCCUCGGGCCGUGCCCGGAGCCACUCAACACCGCUGCCACCCCAGGGCUCUGGCCAGCCCCGGGGGGAGCGGGAACUCCCCAACUCCCACAGCAUGAUCUGCCCCAAGGCAGCAGGGGCGCCGGCAGCCCCUCCUGCCCCGGCCACCUUGCUUCCCUGCCCCCCCAAGGACAAGGCCGUGUCUUAUACCAUGGUGUACUCAGCAGUCAAGGUGACCACGCACUCCGUCCUGCCAGCUGGGCCACCCCUGGGUGCUGGGGAGCCAAAGACGGAGAAGGAAAUCUCAGUCCUCCAUGGGAUGCUGUGCACCAGCUCGAGGCCCCCUGUGCCUGGGAAGUCCAGUCCCCACACCGGGGCCAUGAGCACAGCAGCUGGGGUUCUCCACCACCGCGGCUGCCUGGCCUCCCCACACAGCCUUCCAGACCCAACGGCAGGCCCCCUGACCCCGCUCUGGACCUACCCAGCCUCAGCAGCUGGGCUCAAGAGACCCCCUGCCUAUGAGAGCCUCAAGGCUGGGGGGGUGCUGAAUAAGGGCUGUGGAAUGGGGACCCCAUCCCCCAUGGUGAAGAUCCAGCUGCAAGAACAAGGGACCGAUGGGGGUGCCUUUGCCAGUAUCUCCUGUGCCCACGUCAUCGCCAGUGCAGGGACACCAGAAGAGGAAGAAGAGAUGGGUGCCACGACAUUUGGGGCAGGCUGGGCUCUGCAGAGGAAGGUCCUGUAUGGAGGGAGGAAGGCAAAAGAGCUGGACACAGAGGUCGAGGAUGGUGCCCGGGCCUGGAAUGGCAGUGCCGAGGGUCCAGGCAAGGUGGAGCGUGAGGACAGGGGCCCUAUGGCAUCAGGAAUCCCAGUAAGGAGCCAGGGGGCCGAGGGCCUGCUGGCCAGGAUCCACCAUGGAGGGGACCGAGGAGGGAGCCGCACAGCGCUGCCCACACCCUGCCAGACCUUCCCAGCCUGCCACCGAAAUGGAGACUUCACGGGAGGUUACCGCCUGGGGCGCUCCGCCUCCACCUCUGGAGUCCGCCAGGCCUCGCUCCACACACCUCGGCCCUGCAGCCAGCCCCGGGAUGUCCCGAGCCAGACCCACCCGGCGCUGCCGCUGCCGCUGCCCCUGCCACCCCAGCCGGCCCGCGAGCGCGACGGCAAGUUGCUGGAGGUGAUCGAGCGCAAGCGCUGCGUGUGCAAGGAGAUCAAGGCGCGCCAGCGCCCCGACCGCGGCCUCUGCAAGCAGGAGAGCAUGCCCAUCCUCCCCAGCUGGAGGCGGGGGCCCGAGCCCCGAAAGUCCGGCACCCCGCCCUGCCGCCGGCAGCACACGGUCCUCUGGGACACUGCCAUUUGAGGAGGGCGGGAGGCCAGGGCACCGGGACUUGGGAGUGGGACGGGGCUCUCCGGGAGACUUGCCUUGAAAGGGGGACACUUGAAGGACCAGGUGAGAGAGCCAGGAAGAACCCCUGCCCUCCUCCCUCAUCUCCGGAGACGGGGAGUCUGCCAGGCUUAUCGGGCUUGGGGCACCAGCAGCACCCAAAAAAAACUCGGGGGGAUGAGGGGGGUUUGCUUGAGGUUGGGAGUGAGGCCCUCGCGCUGCUCUCCCCACUGAGUGUGGUAGACCCCACCUCCUGCGAGGGCAACGGUCAAGCCAGAGGUCAGCAUGGGGGAGGUGGGAAGGGCUAGGGAGGAAGGGCGGGUCAAUUGACAGAGAGGGACUAGAGAGUGAGAGGUGAAGAAGCUCUUUUUAUAGAAUCGGGAAUUAGGGAGGGCGUAUUUAUUUUGUUAUUUAUUUCAGUCUGGAGGGCAAUUCUGGGCCCUCUGACUUCCUCCUGAGCAGGGAGUGGGGAAUGUCGGGCAAUUAAAGGGAACCGAGUUUGCACUUUUCCCUCAUGCCGAAAGGCCCCACCGUCCGUGCUCACCCCAAAUCGCGGGAUUGGUCUGGAGUGGGAAAUGGAGCAGAAGGGAGGCCAAGGGCCACAGACUUAGUUACAGUACUUACAAGUCGCCGGUAGUGAGAGUGGCCUGCUCUGAAACUGGCAUCUUAUUUAGCUCUGGAGUGAGGAUCUAGCAGCAGGUAUGGGUGGGAUGAUGGGGAAGAAGGAACUUUUAGCGGGUGGGGGGAGGGCAGGGUAUUUAUUUAAAUUUUAAAAAAUCAGAAGAGAUGUCAGGAACUUUUUUUUAAUUCCUUUCUUUUCAGAAUAAUAUAUUAAAAGACUAACGAUCCUAGAACUGGCUUCUUAAAUUUCAGUGUGCUUCGCCUUUCUUAACACCUGUUCCGAUUUCCCUCUGGCCCUUGGUUGGUGAGAGUUGAAGGUUGUGCAGGAUGGGUUGAGUGGCUGUGGCAAGUAACAGGGACAGGUGGAGUCUGAGGUAAGUCUUCAGGAAUGCCACCAUGCAGUGACUCAACAAGCAAAUAUGGAGCAUCUGAUGUGUGCUUGGCAAUGUGCCAAUGCAGAAGAACUAUUUAGACUGGGGCCUGCCUGCAAACAGCUAUGAUCUACCCAGGGAGAUGAGCUACCUGAGCCAAUAGUAGACACUGCUCCGGGAGUAAGAGAGGGAGGGGGCUGGAAUCAUAGGAGAAGGCUUCCUGGAAAGCGAGCCUAAAAGGACAGGUAAGA